AUUUAAGUGACAGGUGGAGGUAGGGAUGGGAGGUUCCUCCCCAGGAAAAACUUUUGCCAGUAUUUUAUGAAGCCACUGUAUAUCGCCAAAGAUUUUGUCUGUAUUCUGAGAAGGUUUGCAAUUGAAACGGAAACACAGCCUUGCAUGAUCUAUAACCAAGCUUUGCAAAGAUAGAACACAGUUCUUUCACAACUGGAAUUUUUCGACAAGUUUAUGCAGGAGCUGGAAGAAGGUUUGCAUCAAAAAAUUGCUGUAGAAAUGAACCUCUCAGAAACAGCAUUCAUCAGAAAACUGCACCCCACAGAUGACUUCACCAAAAGUUCGUGUUUUGGAUUAAGAUGGUUUACACCUACAAAUGAAGUCCCUCUGUGUGGUCAUGCCACUCUUGCAUCUGCUGCUGUGUUAUUCCAUAAAAAAAACAUGAACCCCACCCUUACUUUCAUAACUCUUAGUGGAGAAUUAAAGGCCAGGCAAGCAGGAGAUGAGAUUAUCUUGGAUCUGCCACUUUACUUCACUUAUCCACAGGAUUUCCAGGAAGUAGAAGAGUUGGUAAAGGCAGCAGUGGGGGAUAUGAACAUUCAAGAGGUCCGUUAUUCUCCUGAUACAAAAAAGCUACUUAUCUGUCUCAGUGAGGUGUAUGAAAGGUAUGAUUUGGAGAAAUUAAAAGUGGAUGCCCAACGUCUUUUGUUGGCCGACAAGACUGGAAAAGUCAAAGGUGUAAUAAUCACAGUUAAAGGAGAUUCUCAUAAAAAUCAUGAAAGCUAUGAUUUUUACUCUCGUUAUUUUGCACCAUGGAAUGGUGUUUCUGAAGAUCCUGUCACAGGAUCUGCUCAUGCUGUAUUAAGCAGCUACUGGUCACAACAGCUGGGAAAAAACAAACUAUACGCAUUUCAGUGCUCCAGUCGUGGGGGAGAGUUGAAGCUUCUGCUACGCCAAGAUGGAAGAUUAGACAUUGGUGGACAAGCUUCCUUUGUGUUAGAGGGUUUUUUGGCUCUUUGAAAAAUAAUUAAAAGCGCUCAAUAAUUAUA